UGAAGAUGAAAUAGAUCUGUAGUGUCAGUGAUGUAUAGACUGGUGUUACAGAAAUCUAUCACAGUGCCAGGUGUUAGUGAGUGUGUUCACAUUACCCACGUGACAUCAGACCGGGUCUGGAUCUGUGAUUAUAGAGGCAAUCUCAUACUGACAAACACCGCGGGUAAAAAACUACAUCAUGUGAAAGAUUUAUGUGAAUAUGGUGGUGGACUACAUACUGUGACUGGCGAGGGUUAUUUAAUUUAUAUAGACAGACACCGUAACAUCAUUAAACUGUCUAAAGAUCACAGAAUAAAGACCACAGUAAUACCCAACACAGCACCAUGGAUACCACUUAGUGUCUACAGCUCCCCCUCCACUGGAGACCUGCUGGUUGGGAUACGUAUUACUGAUACAAAGACAGCCCAGGUAAACCGUUACACUGCAGGACAACAUAUACAGACCAUACAGCACGACAACACAGGUCAGAGACUGUAUAGUAAUCCUUACUAUAUCACAGAGAACCGCAAUGGAGAUGUUAUUGUGUCUGACUCGUGGCGUAGUGCUGUAGUGGUGACAGACAGUAGAGGGAGACAUCGCUUCUCCUACACAGGUCCUCCAUCAGGAUCAGGACUAGAUCCACGUGGAAUCUGUACUGACGCGCUGUCACACAUCCUGCUGUGUGAUGUUAACACCCACACAGUACAUAUACUGGACAGUGACGGGGGACUCCUGUCACAGAUAGACAGAGAACAACACGGGAUAGACACACCACGCGGCCUGAGUUAUGAUGACAGAACUCACUGUGUCUGGAUCGGAUCACGGUACAACAACACAGUGAACAUACACAGACUUAUACCCGGGGACUCCCUUACUG